CGGAGUUGUGUUGUGUUGUGAUGGUCGGUGAGAAAGUUUUUUGGCGAAUUCUCUGGCCCGUUUCGUGUGGCGGAGCACGAAAAGAAAAUUCUUGAGAAAAAUAGCGGGAUCGGAAGCCUCGGAAGUCAAUGGGAUAACCGGCAGCGCGAGCAAGAGCGGAGAUACUUCCAGAAGAUUCUGUGGGAGCACAGGUUUGCGGAUCUUUGCACCAUAUGUAGUUGGGAGAGAAGACUGGUUGGGCUAUAGAAGCCCUUGAAAAAUUGUCACAGUGUUUGUACAAAAGUGUUUGCGGAUAUUUGCACAGAAACCCUUCUCAUGCAGGUUAAUGACGGGUCAAGGCACCAGGAAGCAAAUCCCAAGACCUUCAAGGAGAUGGAGAAGAUGACAGAGGAACUGCACAUACAGACCAAGGAACAGAAUGCUAACACGGAGGUUCAGACUGAACGUGAAGAUUUUGCAUCAGAUGAGCACCGUGACACAUCAGAAUCUCCCAGUGAAGAGACCAAGCAAGAGAAGGAAGAAGAAAAGGAAGAACAGUUAAUGGAAGAAAAGAAAAGGAAAAAAGAGGACAAGAAGAAGAAAGACGCCACUCAGAAGGUUACAGAACAAAAAACCAAAGUGCCCGAAGCGACGAAGCCAAGCCUAAGCCAGCCUCCAACUGCCACCUCAGUUGGCAGUGUUCCAACACCAGCCGGCAACGGUGGUAACAAUGCCAAAAGGGCGGUGGCCACCAACGGCCAGCCACAGAACGCCGCCCGCUAUCUGCCCCGUGAGGUGCCUCCUCGAUUUCGCCAGCAAGAGCACAAAGUGUUACUAAAACGUGGUCAGCCCCCUCCACCUUCCUGUGGACUUCUUGGAGGUGGGGCGGGGCCUCCUGGGUUGCCAGGAUCAAACCCUGGCACUGCACAACCAUUGACGCAACCCAACGGUCCACUGCAGCACGGCAGUACACCAGUGGACGCAAACCCUGGGGGUGCUGGUUCAAAUUAUGCAAAUUCUCCUUGGGGUUCUGGAUCAUCCAGCACUGACCCUAACCACGGCUGGGAUAAGUUAAUCGUAGACGGGUCUGAUAUGGAGGCUUGGCCUUGCAUCACAGGCAGAGACUCUGAGUCGGCUUCGGAACACGUAGAUAACGAAGGUGCCUCAAACCUUGGCUCUGAGAAGAGCCUGCCACCUGGAAGUGGCGCUGCCAGGAGUUGCAAAGGAGCUGCAAAUCAGUUCGCUGCUGGGAGCGGAAAGAAUGAAUGUAAAUUGGGGGCCUGGAACAUGGGCCUUGUGCCUAAACCCAGUCAUGCAUCUUCCAUCUCUUCGGAGAGCAAAGACGGACUUAACAAUUGGAAAAACUUGAGCAGCCCCGAUGGAGCUGGCCUUGGGUUGACCUUGAACCCAAAUAUCAACCCAUCGGCCUGGCCAGUAUUGGGCCAGGAGGGCACUUCUGGAAAAGGGACUUUGGAGACGGACAUUUCGAGCUCCAGUGCACAACUUAGUGCAGUAGGUCAAAGCCCUAGGGAUCAGGAUGGUACUUCUACAAGCGCCUGGGCAAAACAGUCUAAAACGGAGAAUGCGGGUGUUACAUGGAAUGCUUCUGUUGGAGAACAGCCUCAAGCUCUUAACACUGAUGGACCAAAUAAUGGCGACACUAACUCUUUGAAUGCAAGCUCACAGAGCACUGGGAACCCUUUGCAAAAUAAGGGAGUGUCUGAAACAACAGGGAAUGGGACCUGGAACAUGCCCUUAGGAAUGAGUUUGGGAAACCCCUUGGUUUUGAAUCAAUCUGUGAGCACUGAAGCCUCAUCCGAAGGCAGUAUUAGAGGAACUAUGGAGGGACGGGCAACUGGGGGUACUUGGAAUACAGUUUGGGGGUCUUCUGGAACUGAUUCCAUUUCUGGACAAAAUGGUACAGGAGCUAAUGGCAAUAAUGGACGCAGUGGCGAUGAUGCAGCAAAAAAUGGCUCUGGUAUGAAACAAUUAUUGGUGAACAGAUCAAGAACUGAAUCAUGGGACAAUAAUGGUGGAUCCUGGGACUCUGAGACACAAGACCCCAACAAAGCAAAAAACUGGGGUAAAGGGAACAGAACAGCAUCUGGUAGUGCUCAGGGUUUGUGGGGUCAACAGCCAGGGACUGAUAAUCGGUCAGAAGGAGAUUGGGUUGGCUCUACUAAUGAACAGAAUUGUGGCACAGGCGGAUGGGACAAUCACAGGGCAAAUCCCCUCCCAGAAAACCAAGGAGAGAAUGCCCAAAUUUCCAACUGGGCAAAGGCCUCUAGUUCCACUGGGAGUGACUCUGGUAGUCGAAACAACAACAAAAAGGGAGGCUCCGACAACCACCCAGGAGGACGGCGCUUAAACAAGGCUGAUCAUCCUGACCAAGAGGAAGUAUUGCAAAGUGUAAUGAACAGGGCUGAUCUGGACCCGAGAGUGUUGUCAAACACUGGGUGGGGCCAAACUCAGAUAAAGCAGAACACAAUUUGGGAUGUCCAGGAGUCGCCCAGGAAUGAGAGGCGCACUGACAAAGGAACAGAAGGGUGGGAGAGCACUGCCACUCAGAGCUCUAACUCAGGGGGCUGGGGCGAAGGGCCCAGUCAAACCAGUCACUGCACCUCUGGGUGGGGAGAUGCUCCGCAGUCUUCAAACAUGGAGUGGAAGGAUUCAAAGGCUCCAAGUGGAUGGGUGGACCCAAAGAAUAGUCAAGGUUGGGGAGGUGGAACACCAGAAGAGAAAGCACCAUCUUGGAAUGAUGGGCCUAGAAUCAAGGAACCAGGUUGGGGUGCAAGACAGCAACAAACUCAAGGAUGGCCUGCCAAUAAUGGCUGGGGCGAUGGAAGUGGACAACCAGCUGAACAACCAAAAUCAGGUGGCUGGGACAGUUCGAACCCGAGGUGGGGUGAGAGUGGCCGUGGUGAUGUAGGAUCUUGGGGGGGUGGCAGUAGUUCUAAUCCUAAUCAAAGAGGUGGGUGGGAGGACCCCCCAAGACACCAGGGAUGGGGUGAGCCAUCCAAAGCGACCACUUCUAAUUGGAACAAGCAGCAAGAUGUGUCUGGUUCCUGGGGCACUGCCUCUGCUAGUAACCGACAGUCUGGACCAGGUUGGGGCUCUGCGCCUGUGCCACCUAUGCCCUCUUCUGCUGUUCCAGCUGCAACCAUCCCAACUUUGCCAAAGGAGGAAGAACCUACUGGAUGGGAAGAGCCUUCACCGCAGUCCAUCUCCCGAAAGAUGGAGAUUGAUGACGGCACCUCAGCCUGGGGUGAUCCCAACAGCUACAACUAUAAGAAUGUGAAUCUGUGGGACAAAAACUCUCAAAGUGAGAGCUCUGGAAGUGGGCCGAUGCCACGGGAGCAGAACGCAUCAAAUGCGGUUACAGGACGAGGUUCCACAUCAAGUUCUGGUUCAAAAUCAAUGCAGGAUGGGUGGGGAGGUGGUGAUCGACCUGCUGUGGCAAAUGCUCGUCCCCCAAGCUGGGAGGAAGAAGAUGAUGGUCCAAUGGGCCUGUGGAACAGUACUGGAACUCAGGAGAGUAGUUCACCCUACAACUCAUCUAACUGGACCUCAGGCGGGAAGAAAAUUCACAAGGGCUCCAUGAAAGGUGGGAACAAUGACACAUGGAUAAACCCUCUCUCUUCGCAAUUUUCCAAAAUGGGAUUACUGAGGGAGUCUUCUGAAGACAGUGUUGGUAACAAAAUGGACUUAACUGUUGGUGGUCUACCAGACAAAAAGCUGGAAUCUGACAAAAGAGGAAUGAACAUGGAUUACAAUGGAAUGAUGAGAAAGGAUCGAUCGGGAUUCCGGCCAUCAAAUUCCAAAGAUUCCCCCACCACAGACAGUGGACCCUACUUUGAGAAGCUGACUUUGCCUUUCUCCAAUCAAGAUGGGUGCCUGUCUGACGAGGCACCUAACUCGCCCUUCUCCCCUCCUCCGAGCUGCAAGCUGUCUCCCUCGGGCACUGCUCUACCCACCGCCAGCCUCGGCUGCAUCGGCUCUGGUCUUAACAUGCAAAACCUAAACGCUAGACACAAUGGCAAUCAUGGUUUAUUUGGCAGUAGCACAGCACAAUCCAGAGGUGUGCAUACACCUCAGGUGCAGUCCAUGAAUUCAUCCCAGCCUAACCUUCGGGCUCAAGUGCCUCCGCAGUUCCUGCCCCCUCCUCAGGUUCCUGCCCCCAUGUUGAAGCAUACCACUCCAAAUGGUGCCCUGAACCCAGCCCUGUUUAGCCUUGGUCCUCAACUAUCCCCUCAACAAAUAGCUAUGCUCAGCCAACUCCCUCAGCUCCCACAGCUACAGUUGGCUUACCAGCUGUUGCUUCAACAACAGCAGCAGCAGCAAGUGCUGCAAAACCAACGGAAGCUGUCUGCCGCGGUCCGACAACAACAAGAAACGCAACUUGCCCGUAUUGUGAGUGCUCUGCAGCAGCAACAGCAACAACAGCAGCAUCGACACAACAACACCCCAGGAAUGAAGCAUUCUCCGUCACACCCUGGCAUGUCCAAGCAACACCUGGAUAAUGUUGUGCCUAGUUCUCUUCCCUCUGGCCUUCCAGACUUCCAGACCAAAGGACAGAUUCAGCCGGGCUACCCAAUGGGAAUGGGCUCGAACAUGAACGUAAACCAGUUAGAUGUCAACAGUAUUGUAGGAAUGAAAGAACCUCAGUCGCAGCAAUCACGGCUCAAGCAGUGGACGACUAUGGAUGGUCUCUCUCCUGCCACUCCACCACCAGAUCACAACCCCCUGAAAAAUGGUGCUAUUUCGAGCAGCAUGGCACCACCGGUGAAGCCUCGAGAUAGUUUGCCCUAUUAUGAAAUGAUAGCAGGUGAUUCCUUGGCCAGCCAUUCUGGCCCUGCGAGUGAUAACUGGUCCACCCCUAAGCUCUCAAAUGGUUCCAGCGGAUCCAGUUGGCCUCCAGAGUUCCGCCCUGGGGAACCAUGGAAGGGUUUCCAAAACAUUGACCCCGAAUCAGACCCAUAUGCGACCCCAGCGAGCAUGAUAAACAGCUCUGCAGCACCCCCAUCCCCAGACUCGGAACACCAACUUCUCAGGGACAGGAGCACAGGGUCCAGUUCCUCCCUGAACACCUCGCUGCCUUCACCCGGUGCCUGGUCCUAUAGUGCCUCGAACAGCUCCUACAGCACCGUACAGAGCACUUCAGCCAAGUUCAGUGACUUCAAGUCUACGUGGUCUCCCGAUCCAAUCGGACAUCCCAGAAUGUGGAAAAAUCAGAUGUCAUCUAAAAACACUAACCCGCCAACACGGCCGCCACCAGGACUGACCAAUCAGAAACCUCCGUCAUCUCCAUGGGGCAGUGGAGCACCCCGAUUCAGCAGAGGAUGGGGCAUGCAGGAGUCACGAUAUGCCCUUAGUUCCAACUGGAGUGAUGGCAAUUCGGGUGGAUCUGGUCGGGUCAGCUCCUGGCUUGUUCUUCAUAAUCUCACUCCACAGAUUGAUGGCUCCACUCUCCGAACAAUCUGCAUGCAGCAUGGCCCGCUGAUAACAUUCCACCUGAACCUGACGCACGGCACCGCAUUGGUCCGCUACAGUACCAAGCAAGAGGCUGCCAAGGCCCAGACUGCGCUGCACAUGUGUGUGUUGGGGAACACUACCAUCCUUGCUGAGUUUGUCAGUGAAGAGGAAGUCAACCGCUAUUUUGCACAAGGUCAGUUAUCCACACCUUCCCCAGGCUGGCAGACGCUGGAGACAGGACAGAGUCAGAUGGAUCCGGUUGGGAGCAGCCUGCAUUCGUUCGGUGGCCGGGCCAGCCUGGGACAGUGGAACAGUGCCGGAGGAGUGGGCAGGGGUAGUGGGAACUUGGCGGGAGCCUCACUUUGGGCAACCCCAAGCUACACGGCAAGCUUGUGGGGGGCCCCGAAUUCCGACGAUUCGCACCGAAUGGGCAGUCCAGCGCCCCUACUACCUGGCGACCUCCUGGGUGGAGGGGCUGAUUCAAUUUGAACUUUUAAGCUUUCAACCUUUGACCUGUGACCUCGUGAACUUUUUUGAACAGCAGCACUAAUGUGUUUUUUUUUUCAAACUGCAAUAAGUUUCAAGACAAGUUUAAAGAAAAAAAAAGGAGAAAAAAAAGAAAAAAGUGAAACAAAUUAAGGGGGUCAUCCACAGUCUCUUUUGUGCACAUAGACACCUCCCUCCUAAUUUUCGGCUACUUUUUUUUAAUCAAAAAAAAUAAAAAACAAAAAACAACAAAAAAAACAUAUCACACUUCAAAAUACUUGAAUCAUGAACGCCAACAUUAAAAAUGUGAAGUACACUUUACCAUCACACAAUAAAUAAGUUUUUUAAAAAGGUAGUAUAGUUUUUCCUUACAUGAUCUUUUUUUCCCCCUCCGUAUUGAGAAGUUGUUGCAACAGGAUAUUUACUGAAAACACAAAACAGGCUUUUUAAAAACUUUUUUUUUGCACUGGGCACGUUUCCGUCCUCUGACAUGCAAUAGCGGAGACGCAGCAGAACCUCACGUAUUAAAGCUAGUGAUUGACCAGGACGGAUAUUGAGCCUAGCAGUCACUUAUUAGAUGUACAAGUUACAGGCUAUUACUAUGCACCCGUACCAGUGCUGUAUGUGCCAGCCCUUGAGGGCUGGGGCAUGGCAGUUACCAAUGUCAAACUUGCAUUGUGGGAUGGUGUGGGGUUGGAAUUUAGCACAGAUUCUUAAACUGCUCCCCUGACAACAAAAUACACCACCAGGACCACUACUAAAUCACACAGACCAGAGAGGUUCCAUUUGAUUUCUGGUCAGUGCUGAAUUAGCUAUUCUCAGGCACAGAGGCUGCUGUGCUAGGGCUUAAAUUGAUCUCCAUGACCCCCACUACCACCGUAGAUGAGCUGGUUGGAGGGUCAGAAGAGAAAUCAUUCAUAGUUUCCAUUUGUGAUGGCAGUCAACCAACCCUUUGUAUGUGUGGCUUUGAGGUUGGGUCAGGGUUGAACUUAGCUGCAAUGCCCUCUGUGGUUGAAUACCCAGCUCACACUCAUUGUCUAGGGUCAAGGAUGAAUAAUGGCUGCUUGGGCAAGGUUGCAAAGGGCUGUUAAGUCAUUGGCACAGCAAGACUUAUAAUCUUAAGGAGGGGAAAAAAUGGCAUCUCGACAACAUUAACCUCCACUUCCUGAUAGACGUGUGGAGAGUGAUAUUAGGAUCAUAGGUGCCUCUGAUUGAUUAAGGCUCUGAGUGUGACUUAGGUUAUCACUUCCCAGAAAGUUAUAGUCUUUAAUCCAAGGAGAUGCUGUUCCACUCCAAUUUUGCCCAUUGCCUCCCUUGUCCAACCAAAGGUUGUCUUAACUAAUUUCAGUUGAUAAUUAAGAUGUUCCCAGCCCUUUGCUACAAUGCUGCUUAUUUUGCGCUCUAUUUAAGAUUUGGUUACUGUAUUUUUCUGUAGAAAAUUGUAACACAUCCAGUGAUAGCACAGCACAAUCUUGACCACCCCUAAAACAUGCGCUGAUGAAGAUAUUAUCACCCUGCUUAUGGUGUCAUUUCAUCACUGUAUUGCUGGCGCUACAUGUGCUGUCGGUAGUUUAUCCUGCGUCACUGUUUAGCAUCGCAGUAGUAUCUUUAUUUCCCUUUCUCUUUCUCUCUGGGCUGUGCUGCCCUCUGAAUGCUACACUCAAAUGACAUAAGCACUUAAAAACAAUGUAGGUUAGAAAACUUAGUGUAGAGGUUUUCAAGUUAAAUUUACAUGUUGCACUCAGUUUCAAAGUGUUGGGGGGACUUGCAUUGUGUACUGUAACAAGCUUUAUCAUUUUGUAAACUAGGGGGUUCCUGGCAGGUCGGUCAUUUUCCCCGUCCUCUCCCCCUUGAGGUAUUCAAAACACUUAGCUAAUCCAAUGAAGGUGUUGCCGUAAUUUAAUAAAAAUAACUCCUUUGAAUAUAGUCCUCCCUCCUUUUGUAUAUGUUUUAUGUUUUUUUUUAAUCUUUGAGCAGAAAUGUAGCUUUCCAAUUGGCUUGGCUGGCUUGAGCCUUCCUACGUUCACCUGUACUGCCUGUAAAUUGACACUUUCACAAAAUGGCUUGUAGCCACCCACAAAGCCUCAUUGGCACAAGUCUGCGAAACUGGUUUACAGCCAGCUGUUUACAUCCCACAGUCCCCAGCAUCUCCACUCUUAACAAGAGCUUCUCUGUAACUGCACAGGGAUUUUGGAAUAGGACCGAGCUCUGGGGACAGCCCUGCUUACGGCUAUAAUAACCCUUGCUGUGUGCAGCUCAUUCUCCUUUCCCUAAACCAUACAGGUUAUUUCUUUGAAAUUAUAGUCCAUCUGUAACAGCAAGACAUUCUGUGGCCAUUCUGUGUACUUGCUGACCUGAAGUAUGCAAACAAAUGUUGCUGUAAACCUAGGUUUAAGGUUUCAUCAGACUGUGUAGGAAUAGCUUUAGCAUUUUUUUUUGUUUACACCAAACAUUGAGCAUGUCUGCAUGCGUAUGCAGAGCAAUGAUGCACGUGCAUUAAGGGAUCACAACUAGGAUUCUAAACAGACCUGGUGUGUCCACAACAUCGAACAAAAAGUCCAAUUUAAACUUUAAUUUAAAGAUACUGAAAGUGUAUUUCUUUAAAAUGUUACAUCAGGCGCAUAUUAUGAAUGGGUGUGUGUCUGUCUCCUGUCCAGUUUUCCUUUAGUGACAUUAUCACAUUUCACCCACUCUGGAAUCAAAUCAUUUAAUCAGUUGUAUUGAGUAUACAGCAGUUGUGUUGGAGACUGGCACACAUCCUUAAAAAACACACACACACACACACACACACACACACACACACACACACACACACACCUCAACAAGUAGCAGACUGUUUCAUAGUCUUGCUGCUGUACAGGCUGGUACUGGGUCCCAAUUAAUGGUAGAUAAAUGCCGAACACAGAGAGGAGGAACAGUACCUUUGUUCACUGGUCGAUCACUAUAUAAAAGUUAUAAACGUUUACGUAUGAAUGUUCUUUAGUAGUUUAAAAGCAGUGUGUGCUUUCCUUUAUUUCGUACCCUUCAUGUUUUAAGUCCCCUUGGGUGAAUCUAGUGAGAAAAGCAUUUACUUGUUUAGAAAACUAUAUAUAAAAUUGUUGUUAAUGUUGUUAUAAGUAUUGCACCUUUUUUCUGUUUUUUAAUUGUCCUCAUUGUGUUUUGCUGUAGUGUUAAUUUUUUUUUCUUUAUAAACAAAGUAAAGCAUUGUAGAAUGGGUAUGAGGGAGAAGGAGCUGCAUGGUAAUAGGUAAUGGGCAGUGACAAACAGUGGAGGGGAAAGGGAAGGAAGUUAGUCAUCAUUCUUUGAAAGUCUUCACCAUGGGUUUGGAGGCACACCCGUGUCAUGUCAGUUCAGUGACUAAAAGUGGCUGUAAUUAAAAGUUGCUCUUGUAAUCUAGCUUCUGAUUCAACCAGCCAACCUGUAGAAGCUUUUGCCUUUCCCCCACUCAUACAGACAUGUUGUCACUUUGCAUCUUUGCAUUUACCAUGCUUAUCCCACCCCACCUCUUCCCCAGUUCUAGCUCACAUUUAUAUGCACACAUGCACACCCACCCACAUGCGCCUCACUCCUGUGUGCUUGCUCAUCUUCCAGCACCUUGUGGAGUGGUAAAAUUCUGAAUAUUAGGGAGGUGUCCAAGUGUUUGGCCUUGUCCUGUUUACAUAAUCUUUAGGGCUGUGUCGAAUUGUUGAAUUAUUUUGAAGAAUCUUGCAUUUUUAAAACAAAAAAAAAUUGUCUAGUUUGAUUGAAUAGUCUGAUGACCUUUGGGUCUGGAAGAACGGGGAUACUGUACUAAAUUGCUGGGCACUGUAUCUGAUGCAGCCACCCAUGCUCUGUUAAUUAGUGGAGACUCUGGAUAUUUUAAUAGUCACCAAAGGCUGCAAAAUACUUUCACUCCACUGACUAAGGUAACAUUCAUAUCGACUAAUCCAAAAUGAGGUGGAUUAGGGAGUGAUGUUACCUGUUCUCCAUCGCACUUAAUCCACAUUUCUAUUUUGAGAGUGUGGACUCGACUAAUUUGUAUGAACUGUUCUAAUAACUGAUUUUUAAAUACUUACUUUCAAAUAUUGCCGGCACAGUCCUAUUCUUUUUCCAAGGCAUUGAAAAGUCUGAAAUCAGAAAAAAAAACAUGAAACCGUUCUUCCAUCAAAACAGGAUAAUAAAAGACCAAAAAUAUGUGUUUCGUAUUUUUAGAUGAAAAACUCUGGGAGCAUUUAACAGUGUUGUUUUUAUUUUAGUUUGCAUUUUCUUUUUGUUUUGCUUCUAUUAUUUUAAUUCCUCCUAAAAUUUAAAGAAAGUUCUCAGGAAUUUUUAGGGGAAAAGCCAGUUCCCGAAAUGUUGUUUAUUUUUAAGAGGGAAUAAAAAAAAAGCUGAUGUUUGACUUUGAGAUUUAGAUUUUUAAGUCUAUUUGUUGCACCAGUUCCAAACCUGUCUAAUUAUGAGAAAUCAACUUAAAUAGUAAUACCUCAUUAGCAGUUCUUUUGGAAUAUUUGGGUUAGAAAUGAUAUGCAUACACAAUUUUAUUCACACUCAGUUUGACUGGCAAGAGCAACUCUUCUCAUCCUGGAGAAAAUAUAGGUAGAGAAAGGAUAGGAUGGAGGGUAGUGGUUUACCCAAUAUGACAUUAAAUAUUUGACCAGUCCUUUCUCAAUGUGCAAAGACCCAUUGUAAAAUGGGCACCCUAUAGAUGGAACCCUCUACUCAAGUACACGUGGCAAGUGAAGUUGCCUUGCAUCUACUGCUGUCUUUAAGCAAGCCAUUAGUGAAUCCAUUGAGAGUUUGGGAACAGUUAGCCUGGGUCAGGGUGUAUUCACUGUGCUUCACUAUCCUGAUUUGCUUUGUGCUUUGAGGGGGGGGGAGAGGGCCAAAAUUAUUUUCAAACAGGACAAAGUAUUGUUUCAUGAAAUUGAGGAAAGUGAUUAAUUAAAAAAAAGCACAAAUUUGUUUCCUACUCUCUCCCCAUUCUGUGCACCAUCCUGGCUUGUUCCAUCUUGGUAAAGGCAUUUUGUGUGAUAUUCAGAGGCCCUGGUUGAAAAGCUAGCAAUUGUUUAAAUUGUUCAGGACCCACUCUUUGUACUAUAUUACUUCAGAAAGGUGGGAAUUUGGGGAGCUCAGUAAAAGGUGGGGGGGGGGGGGGGGGGGCUCAAUUUCUCUGCUAUACUGCUGUAGUGCAUGGUGCUGUUUAAUGUUGACCAGCAGCAUUUAAUAUUGUAAUUUGGCAGCUGAGCAUUGGUACUUCACACUAAUGUAGUUACUAGCAGCUUGAUCUUCAGAAAUCUAGGUGACUAGCAAAUGCUACAACAGAAACCAAUCUGGCAUCGGUCUCCAGCAUUGCACACAUCACACUUCACCUUCCUCCCCCCCCCACCCACCUCAUCCUUGCCCAUUUCAUUGUUGGAAUUUUUGAAACAUAGACGUAUCCUGCAGUAAUCCUAUUGCUUGAUCACCCACUCCAGGAUAAUAAUUACCCUGGAAUAUCAUGUUUCAUGGAAUAAUUUCCCAGAAGUUCCUCCUAAGUGAUUUGAAGCUUAUGUUGCAAAGAUUUUUCUUGUUAUAUCUUCCCAACUGAAACAAGUUCUGUUUUUAAUAUCAUUAUUGAUGAUAUAAUUAUUUUAUGAGGUGGUUUCUGAAUGCAUGUUAAAGUCCCUGAUAAUUGCUAAGCUAAUAUUUACUCAGUAAGUGCACAACUACCAUUUUUUGUACUGGGUUUGGGCAGCAGGACUUGAAUGCCAUUACCCCCACCCCACACAACCCCUGUAGGUUUUACAACUUGCCACUGUGGAUGCAUUUGCACUGCAGCUAAUCACAGAUGUACGUCCAGCAAUAGACCAGAGAGAAGCAAGAUUUGCAGAUAAACUGAGAAUUUUAAAACGCUGCUUUAUAACAAAAUAAAACACUGCUUAAAAGCACACAUAUGCCAGAGCCCUACUGUACAUUGCCCAUGGGAGCCAUACAAAUGUCUGUUUAUUAUAGUGGCAAUGAAGGAAGCCUGUAAGGCCAAGUAGAAAUUGUAGCAGAUACACAGCCCCAGCACCUUAAAUGAUAGGUUUCAGAUGGUGCCUAAAAUUUGUUAUCCUGAACCUCUCUCUCGGAUAAUGACUGAAGAGUAAAUUUGCUGUUAAGUUGCAGCAUUUUCUGUUUGUCAUAGGUUCUUAUCAUUCCUUGUUGACUAUCCUGCUGGUUACUCCUACAACCCAGCCCCUGCUGAACAUUUUAAUUGUCUUGAAUUCUGCAUUGUUCUGUAAUGUAUAUGGAGGUGGGGUUGGGGGGGGGGGGGGAGGUGGGGGGAAGGCAGUGCAGGGCAGAAAUUUCACCACUCUGGUAAGAAAUUCACUUCCAUGUCUGCAUACAACUGUACCUGAAAAUACCAGAUACUGGCAAAUGUCUGUUAAGUAAGGGGGUGGGUGUUUGCAAAUAUUGCUCCUGUUCAUCAGCCUUUGAACAAUAACCAGCUUCUAUAUCCAACUAUAUUAGAAAAUACGAAUCAACUUGAGUUUCCAAUCAGUUACUUUUUCCAGAUCUUCAAUCAAUGUAGAAGAACUUGCUACAAAUUGCUCUUGGGAGGGUUUGGGGAAAAAAGUGCAAAAUUUGCCUUGUGUUUGAAUGCCCACAGUUAAGAGUAAGGGGAAUCAAUUUUGGCAGAAUGCGAUGGCACUUUAAACACUUAGCUUUCUCCUUUACAUCUUGUAAAAUUAGUUUCUCCUCAGCAAAUCUUGUUAUCUUAUGGUUUCUUUUUCAUCUGAUGUCGACUUUAUGGUUGGUGUCACCUAAACUCCUCCAUCAUUCUCUGGCCUGUUUUUUUUGGGGGGGUUGGGGGGGGAGAGAGAAAGUUGGUGCCCUUUCUGAUAUGGCAGUCUCUUGGCGAUAUCGUACUGUCUUUCAUGGCAGUUUGAUCAAAAGCACCCCACAGCCCUAAUUACCCUUUCUGGAAGGAGUGCCUAAAACCUCAAGAUUAUUGAGCAGUCUGUUGCAGAUCCACUGCAGUCCCUGAGUAAUGUCUGAAAAGAUGCUCAGAUCCAAAUGUAAGCUUACCAUUUAAUCAUCGUUACUGUCCAAGUGAUCCCAGCACAUUACCAUUGACUGACUUAGAGGAGCAUUGAUCCCUAUUUCACCAGCCAUAUCUGCGCUCCGCACACUUUUAAACUGGAUCUACUUAUCUGAUUGAGUCCUUUCAUGGGGCGUUCAGUAUCUUGAUUCCUUGUCUUUGUGCUAUCAUCAGCCAGGAAGGUUGUAGUCUCCAUGCUAUGUUUUUUUUGUGUAUGUUAAAAUGCAAUGUUAAUGUCUUUUGCUGCCUGUACUAUUUAUUGGCUGUAAAUGGUUGGGCCACAGCAUGAGCAUCAGGAGGAACCUGUUUCUCACAUUUGUUAGUAGAGGAUGAGGGCCCUACAUGAAAUAGGGAUCUUAGUACAAUCAGAUUCAGAAAACUGCUCUCAAACUUCCCACCAGAGUUGGUGAUAAUUCAUCCAUCGUCUUUGGUUACUUUGCUCGGGUAUAGUUGACUGGAAUGUGGAAGCAACUGUUAGGCUUUCCCUUUGUCUGGGUAUGGAUUGCAUUGCUAACAUCCUGCUUCUCCCUUUUCCUAAGACCUGCAUGAGUUGGGAAUGCAUUGUGCUGCUAUUAGUUUGAUUGCACAGUUCAUCUGUAUGCACGGCUGUAUUGGGGGUGAUAGUAUUCAUCGUUUCUAUAAUUUUUAAAAUUUUGUGUGAGGAAUAUUGGGGGGGAGGGGAGAUUCAAGACCUUGCCACAUUAGGGUGAACGGGGUUUUGCAGGGAAUUGGAUGCCACGUCUUUCUAAUGGAACAGUGCCACUUUGCUGUGCUUCUAAAGUUGGCUGUUUAGGUUUGUGAAGGAUAUCGCACUUUGACUGAAAAGAAAAAUUCAGUGAUAAGAAUUUCUGCCUUUUUGAAAGAAUAUCUUAUUUUAAAAGGAAAUCAAUAGCUGUGACAAAGAGGUGUUAGUAUAUUGAAUGAAUAUUAUCGUUCAGUUAACAUUGUAUGAUCCAGGGCAUAGCUCUCCCAUUAUUUCUUCCAACGAUAUUUGCAGGGUGCGUUCAUUGUUUGCUUUCUCCUUUUUUGUGGGUGGGGGGGGGAGGUGCAGGGUGAUUGAUUGCAGACUUAACAAUUUUGUGCACGGAAAAUUGUUAAGUAACAAAAACAAUUCUGACAAUUGCCUUUUAUGCUUCUCCAUCUCCCCUUCCCAAUGACAGGUGGUUGCAGUAAUCAGAGUCUUAGGAUCUGACUGAAUAAAACUCCCAAUUUUAAAGGGGAGACAAUCAGCUGUGUUUUGGAAUUUUCCUUUAAGUAGACAGUAUCAGAAAGCUUUGGAUUUCAUCAAUCCAAUUGUGUGUGUAUAUUGCACAGUGAAUUUACUCUAUAAUUAAAGAUUUCUUUUGUAUUAAUGGCUUUUGAUUGGGGAGAGAACUGGCUCCUACUCGUAAAGAAUUCUUUCUAGAAUUGCAUGUGGCAUGCAACUUUUAAUCUCCCUCUUUUCUACACCCCUCUGUGGCUGUUUAAACUCACAGAGCGGCUGCAUGCUGUGCUUUCAGUUGCUGAUACUUGUCUUUCUCUCCUGGUGAGUUGAGUCACAGUCUGGGGAAGAGGUACAACUACCGGUAAUUGCUUUUUGUAAGGAACUUGUCCUGUGAGUUUAUGUCCAUUGUCACAACACCAGAUAAAGAAAAUGAGAUUCAUGGAUUGUUUUGAAGGUGGGGGGGGGGGGGGGGGGUUGUUGUUGGGGGGUUCAAUCCUUAUACAGUUUAAUUUAGGGAUUAUCUUUGUUAGAAUAGCGCACAUAAUUUGACCUAAACUGUGUGCAUGGCAAGGGCCUUCAUCCUCUCCAUCUGUUGCACUCUUUCCAAGAUGUGGUGAUGCACUCCCAGUACAUCCCUUGUUUUUUAUUUAUUCCUUCCUUCCUCCCUACAUCAGAUACUUUUUUUGAUUACACAGUAGAUUGCAUUCAUCUUUAGACCAGUUGCUGCCCUCCACCCCACUCCCUUCCCCCUUGUUACCAUUAAAUCUCGUGUUGCCCACAAAAUGGGGUGCAUCUUGGAUGACCCUUUGCAUUGUUCUAUGUUGUACAAAGAGGCAUUAAAAAUCCAUCAUGAAGUGGGGUGGGGAAGAGAUUGAAUUACACUGUUUACACUUGCCUGAUUCAAUUGCUGUGACUCAGAGAGUGAUGUCUAUUAUUUUGCUGCACCAUGACAAAAUUUAAUGAAAAUAAACACUUCGUUUUUGUUGGAGUUUACAGGGUAUCAUUAGAAAAUGCGGUGCCUGGUGAACUGGGGUAACUAAUCACCAACAGUGUGAUGGAGAGAGUUAGUGAGGCACCCUCCCCUUUCAGUGCAAAUUGCAGAGUGGUCUUGCCCAGGAUUCCUGUGUAAGUUGGCUAUUGGUGCAGCAGUCAGUUACAGAGUGCAGUAAGGAGGCAGCAUAUCAGAACUGCUCAGGAGAAGUUGAAACUAUUUUUCAGUUGCAGAUAAGUGACCUGUACAUAAACCUUUACAAUUAUCACUCGACUAGUAUAGAAUUCGGCAACCAAGAAGGAAGAGAUUUUAAAAAAAACUUAUUCUGAUAGUACUGUGAAUUAUAUAUAUAUAUAAAUAUAUAUAAAUAAAUAUAUAAAAAUCUUAAAUUCCGUGGUUCCAAGGAUUUCUCAAAUUUUUUUUAUAAAUGAAUCCUAAUGUUAUAUAAUGAACAAUUUAGAACAUUUGCAGAAGAUUUUGCUGAUAUGUCAUACAUUAAGCAUGUGCGUAUUUUGAUAGGUUUUGAAGAAACAAAAUAUAUAUGGAACUAGGUGGUCGGGAUAAUUGGUCUGUUUGGUAUUCGGUUAUCUGAUUUCCUACCGUGCCUGCCCCCGGUACCAGUUCAGUAUUGGUGCUAUCGGACUGUCGCUUCUUAUAUUGUUAAAUAUUGGCAUGGCAACCCUGUAGCACAUGCAGUGGGAUGCCUGGCUCCUCGGACAGGGCGGCAGUGGGUUUAACACUUGCAGACUUGGCUCAUCUGCCUGAGUUUGGCAAGAAGCUUUUAAUUCUUUUUUGAGGCAGACCACUCAAUAGGUUGCCAUAGGUAACUGGAUAAUCCAUCUAUUUUUUUUGAGAUUGGGGAGGGGGUGGUGGGAGGGGAAAGAGAAAUUUGAUGCCAUUUUUCUCUUCUGUGAACACGCCAUCCCCGUCUGAUGGAGUGGUUGGUUGGCCUCAUCCAAAAAAAACACAAAAUCAUCAUCCAAACCAUCUUUACUCUGGGUUGAAGGUGGGUUCAGCAGCAGAGAGUGAUUUCUGUAGGGAUACUGUGUGUGCGUGUGUGUGCACGCGCGUGUUUGUGUAGAAAAUGCAGUGUUGUCACUAGAAUUACUUGGCGUAAUGGUGCCAAUACACUAUAGGAAACAAAAAAAAACUAGUACUUAAGCCAAUACAUUCUGUGAUGCUGUUUUAAUUCAUCACUUAAAAUUGUUCCCAUCUCUAUCAGCACUGAUUUGUAACUGGCAGUAAUGCACUUCACCCCAGUAUUAUGCCGCUUGGGUUGUAACCAGGGAGAGUGUUAUGUUUGGGAAAGCAGAACUUCGAACUUUGCAAUAGUUUGAGUGGCCAAGAGUACAUUACGGUUUACUGCAAUACUGGUGACAACACUGUAAUGUAUAAAUAAAUUUUAACAGAAGUGAGAGAGAGGCAGGACUGACACACAUCAAAAAAAUGAAUGUAUUUCAUCAUUUAAACAAAAUGGCCUGCAAAAAUUUGUUUAAAGGGAUACUGACUUUUUACCAUGU